AUGAACGCACAGCUGACCAUGGAGGCGAUCGGCGAGCUGCACGGGGUGAGCCAUGAGCCGGUGCCCGCCCCUGCUGACCUGCUGGGCGGCAGCCCUCACGCGCGCAGCUCCGUGGGGCACCGCGGCAGCCACCUGCCUCCCGCGCACCCGCGUUCCAUGGGCAUGGCGUCCCUGCUGGACGGCGGCAGCGGAGGCAGCGAUUACCACCACCACCACCGCGCCCCUGAGCACAGCCUGGCUGGCCCCCUGCACCCCACCAUGACCAUGGCCUGUGAAACUCCCCCAGGUAUGAGCAUGCCCACCACCUACACUACCUUAACCCCUCUGCAGCCGCUGCCGCCCAUCUCCACCGUGUCCGACAAGUUCCCUCACCACCAUCAUCACCACCAUCACCACCACCACCCACACCACCACCAGCGCCUGGCGGGCAACGUGAGCGGUAGCUUCACACUUAUGCGGGAUGAGCGCGGGCUGGCCUCUAUGAAUAACCUCUAUACCCCCUACCACAAGGACGUGGCUGGCAUGGGCCAGAGCCUCUCGCCCCUCUCUGGCUCCGGUCUGGGCAGCAUUCACAACUCCCAGCAAGGACUUCCCCACUAUGCUCAUCCCGGCGCGGCUAUGCCCACCGACAAGAUGCUCACCCCAAAUGGCUUUGAAGCCCACCAUCCUGCAAUGCUCGGUCGCCACGGAGAGCAGCACCUCACACCCACCUCGGCCGGCAUGGUACCCAUCAACGGCCUUCCUCCGCACCAUCCCCAUGCCCACCUGAAUGCCCAGGGCCACGGACAGCUCCUGGGCACAGCCCGGGAACCCAACCCUUCGGUGACCGGCGCGCAGGUCAGCAAUGGAAGUAAUUCAGGGCAGAUGGAAGAGAUCAAUACCAAAGAGGUGGCGCAGCGUAUCACCACCGAGCUCAAACGUUACAGCAUCCCACAGGCCAUCUUCGCGCAGAGGGUGCUCUGCCGUUCCCAGGGGACCCUUUCGGACCUGCUGCGAAACCCCAAGCCCUGGAGCAAACUUAAGUCGGGUCGGGAGACCUUCCGGAGGAUGUGGAAGUGGCUGCAGGAGCCGGAGUUCCAGCGCAUGUCGGCGCUCCGCUUAGCAGCCUGCAAAAGGAAAGAGCAAGAACACGGGAAGGACAGAGGCAACACCCCCAAAAAGCCCCGGCUCGUCUUCACAGACGUCCAACGUCGAACUCUACAUGCAAUAUUCAAGGAAAAUAAGCGUCCGUCCAAAGAAUUACAAAUCACCAUUUCCCAGCAGCUGGGCUUGGAGCUGAGCACUGUCAGCAACUUCUUCAUGAACGCAAGAAGGAGGAGUCUGGACAAGUGGCAGGACGAGGGCAGCUCCAAUUCAGGCAAUUCGUCAUCCUCAUCAAGCACUUGUACCAAAGCAUGAAGGAAACCACAGACUAGAACCUCGGUGGAAAAGCUUUAAAUUAAAUUAAAAAAAA